AUGGUAAGUUGAAUGCGGAUUAUUAGCUCAUUAGAGACUUUAAUUUCUUUUGUUAUUGUUAACCCUCACUUUUUUGUCUUGUCGUUUCUGUUCAUGUUUUCUAUUUUUUUCAGUCCAGUGGAUUUAUACUAGCUAGCCUUGGUCUGGCUGCUGCCGGUUUUACUGGAAGAUACUUGCUUAGAAACAAACACAUACUGGAUAAAGCUAUCGAUGCCAUACCGAAAGAGGCUGUAAGCCAACCUUUACUUUUAUUUAUUAUCAUUUAGUUCUCCAAAUACUACCAAGGAGGAUUUGAGCCAAAAAUGUCAAGACGAGAAGCAUCGUUAAUCUUGGGAGUUCCUUUCAAUGCAAAGCCAAAUAAGAUAAAAGACGCACAUAAAAAAUUGAUGAUCAUCAACCAUCCAGAUCGAGGUAGGAUUUUGUUAUUCUAGGUAGAGGUCAAACAUAACCGUUUACUUUGUGCAAUCCUCUGUUUUUUCGAGAAAAUGGGAUAGGAACCAGCGGUUUUUUUGGUUUGUAACGGUGAAAAACAAGCGUCACUUUAAGGGCCUGUUGACAAAAAAAUGAACGAAAAGUGUUUGAACGCAGCAGUUUUUGGAACCAUAUGAUUCAUUCCGCCGUUCCUAAUGUACUUGACAGUUGAAUCUCUUAUAUGUUUACCUGUUUUUCUUUCAGGAGGCUCUCCCUACCUGGCAGCAAAGAUCAACGAAGCCAAGGAUUACCUUGAAAACAAUAAAUCAUGA